AUGACUUUCACACAUUUUGAAAUGAAGGAAAAUAUUAAAGUUGAAUUCUUGAUUGAAGUUUUUAUUAAUAAUUUGACGAUAACUUCCAUUGGUGAUUAUUACUUCAAAGAAGGCGUCAAUAUACAAACAGUUAAUCACAACAAAGAUUUUAUCAAUAAAAUCUUAUUUUCUGUUGAUAAAAAACUGACAGGUGAUGGUAUAUUAUCGUCUUGUGGACGUAGAGCGUUUUAUGUUGAAUCACUGUUAAAUGGGUAUAUGUGUUAUUGCAAUUACACCAAUGGCAUUUGGGAUCCAUCAGACGCGUUUUUGAACAAAGGAGACUGUUUGGAGUAUUCUUUACAGAGCAAUUUGAUACUUCAAAUUGACUCCACCAACUACAACGUGGCUGCAAAUCAAAGUUGGCAACAAAUCAACUUUUUCAAUCAAAGAAAUACAAUCACAGGAAGUCAUGUCCUUGAAACACGAAACGCCAACAUCCAAAGUGAUGUCGUUUUUAAUACUAUUAACACUGUUUUUCAUAUAAAAAAUAUGUUGGAGUUCAACCAAAAUACGCAUAUCAUAUUUCAACAAUUUACAACUCUGUUGAUUGAUAAAGUUGUCAGAAUUGUUUUCCACAAUCCACAAAACAACACAAAUAGAAAUGGAAUAAUUAUGAUCGAAACCGAUGCAAACUUUCAAAACAACAACAAUGCAAUGACUAUUGAAUAUGAUAAGACCACUUCAUUAAAUUAUUGCAUCGAAUUGAUAUCUUUUGAAUCCCUUCAUCAAUUUGAUGCUUUCACUCCAAAUUCAAAACUUAUUGGUGAGAAAUUAUAUCGGAUUUGUCAAGAAGGAAAUUUACUCAAUGAAAACACACAAUGCAAUUUCACAGGAAAUGAUAUGAACAAUCAUUUAAGUUACGAAGAAAAUGUCCUUCAUUGUCCAAUUAACACGGAGAACGCAAUGAUUCUGUUGAAAACCAACAACUUGGCACAAACAGUAAACUUCAAUGUGUUAUUUAUAUCGAAGAAAAUUCAAAUAGAUGGUGUAGUGUUCACUUUAGAAGAUCAAACAAAAAAGUUGUUUAUGGGAAACAAUUUUGGCUUUCAAAGUUCAACAACAAAAAGUAUGAAGAAAUCGUCGAGUUUUGCAGUGACAAGUGAUACAAAAUACAACUGCGUUGCUUUUGAAGGGAAUGCAGACUCAACACAAAAUUCGAUGUGUCUUUCUUGUAAAAAUGGAUUAAUAGAACAUAUCAAACAUUGCAUUAUUCUUUAUGUGAAGAAUGUCUUCCAAAAUAUGAAGCUAAAAGAUACGAAUGUUAUCAAUGUCCUGACAAGUGUCUUCAUUGAGUUGAUGGAAAAUGCAUUUCUUGUGAACAAAACUAUUAUUAUGAUGACAAUGGUGUCUGUCUACCACUUGAUAAUUCAACGGGAAGUGUUCAACUCUAUUGGUUGCAAAAUGCAAGAAAAUUCAUUAACAUGUCAAAUAUGUAAUACAAUAAGCUUUUUAAUCGAUAAAGGCGAAUCUGUCAUAUGUGAAGUCCAAAACAAUGUUUCACUUGCGACGACAUCGACUAUUUUGUAUUGUGAAACAAGUUAUUACAAAGAUCCAUCGAGUAAUUCAUGUAAAGGGUGUUCAACUACAUUUGGUGAAUUGUGUGAUCUGUGCGAUUUUGACAAAUGUUUGAAGUGUUCACAAAUUGGAGUUAUGAAUAGAGUGACUGGGCAGUGUGAAGUUUUAUCAGAGACUUCAUGUUCUGAAACCCAAAACACGUAUUGUACUUCGUGUGAGCACAAAAAUUAUACUGUGAAUACAAGUGGCCUUUGCGAACCCAACACCAACUGUGCAAUUUCAUUCAAAAAUGGGAAAUGUCCAGUUUGUGUCGAUGGAUAUUUUAAUACGCCUGCAAGGGUGUGUGAACUCAACACUACACAAAGUGACAAAUGUAUUAAAUUAACACAAGAAGGCGACAGGUGUUGUCGUUGUGAAACCGGUUAUUUUGUAUUGGACAACAAGUGUUUUAAAUGUUCAGACAAAUGUGUCGAUUGUUAUAAUUCUGAUGAGUGCCUCCUUUGCAAAGACAACUACUUUUUACUUGAAAAUGGGACAUGUGGAGAAAUAUCUGAAGUCACAAACAACUGCAAAAAGCUCAUGCAGACGCGUUCUAUAUGUGCAAUAUGUCACAUCAAUUACUUCAGAGAUGCAGAUGGAAAGUGUGAGAGUUGUAUUGAGAAUUGUACCAUAUGUAAUCAGAAAUCGACAUGUUUACAAUGUAUACAACACAACUUUUUGUUGACUGAUUCUACAAAAUGUCUUUCAUAUGACUACUUGGAUAACUGCGACAUAAAAACUAUGAGUGGAUGUGCGUCGUGUUCGAAAGGGUAUUUCAUUUUAAAUCAGAUGUGUGUGAAAUGUGAUUCAAAAACAACGAAUUGUACUGAAUGUACACAAUAUGGAAUAUGUACAUCAUGUACAGACAACUUCGUCUUAUUAUCAGAUGUUUGUACUUCGAUUGACAAAAUAUCUGAUUGUAUUGAAGUCACACAAUCGAAGUGCUCUAAAUGCACAUUCUGGCAUAUUCCCAAUGGCUCUGGUACGUCAUGCCAAACGCAAGCCGUCUGGUGGGUCAUAUUCGUAUGUGUUUUUUUUCGUAUGAUUGAACACAAAAGGAGGAAGAAAGCACAAAAGGAGACGUGUCUGUUUGAAAUGAGCAAAUCAAACAUCAAAUUUAUCAAAACGACAAAUAAAAACGUUGUAGUCAAUACCAAUAAAAUAACUUUUGAGAGUGCGGAUUAUGGUGAUCUUAAAGUUGGGGAGGAAUCGCGUGAAUUGAUAUGUAUUGGCAACAAUUCCAAAAACAUUAUCAAAGUUCAGUUUUCUUCAAAAGGAGACAACUAUAAAUAUUCAUUCAGAAGUGAGCCAAAAGUCGUUUCAAUUCCAAAAGGAAAAGCGUGUGAAUUUGAAGUCUUUUUGUUGGUGAAUUGUUCAACACAAAUAGAAGAUACAAUCUCUUUGUUCUCUGCAAAUUUAAAGAAAGGGGAGACUUCCGAAGUUUCGAUUGGAAUUAGUGGGAAGACUGAAAUAUCGACGCGUUUAGACCCAGACGAACUUAAAGAAGAAAAGAAACUUGGUGAAGGCUCUUUUGGAAUUGAAUUUUCUGAGACGAAACAAUUAAUGGAUGAAUUUACAAAAGAAGUGUCAAUGUUAGACAAAUUCCGAAGUGAGUAUAUCGUCCAUUUCUAUGGCGCGGUCUUUAUUCCAUCUAAGAUAUGUAUGGUCACUGAAUUUGCUGAAUUUGGAAGUUUACAAGACUUGAUGAAACACAAAACAAGUGAAGAAGUUAAUAUGAAAUUUCGAGUGAAAUUGAUGUUAGACGCAUCAAAAGGAAUUCAAUAUUUACAUUCAAAUAACAUAUUACACAGAGAUAUCAAGCCAGAUAACAUUCUUGUUUUUUCACUUGAUACAAAUGAAAAAGUGAAUGCGAAGUUGACUGAUUUUGGAUCAAGAAGAAAUGUCAAUUUAUUGAUGACGAACAUGACAUUCACAAAGGGUAUUGGUACACCUGUGUAUAUGGCACCCAAAGUGUUGAAAAAGGAGAAGUACAAAAUGUCAUCAUAUAUUUAUUCGUUUGGUGUCACCAUGUAUGAAACAUUUGGGUGGGAAAACCCUUAUAAUAAAGUAGAUUUCAAAUUUCUAUGGAAAAUUGCCGAAUUUGUUAUUUCUGGAAAAGGUCUUCCAAAUAAGGAAAUCAUAACACAAAAUGAGUACAACAUCAUUUCACGGUGUUGGGAUGAUGAUCCAAUAAAGAGGCCAUCAAUUAUCGAUGUUGUUGAAAAGUUGGAGACAUUUAAUUUUGUUUGA